AUGCCGCCGCCGCCCGCCGGCACUGCCCGCGCCCGGCCGCGACGCCGCGUCCCCGGCCCGCCGCCCGCCCCUCGGCCGCCCGGGCGCGCCCGCCUCCCGCGCGCGGCUGCCCGCGCUCCCCUCGCUCCUCCCUCCGCGCUCCCCGGGCGCGCUCCCCGGGCGCUCGCCGCCCGCCCGCCGGCCCCGCCCCGGCCGGCCCCGCCCCCGGCUCGGGCUCCGGCUCCCGCUCCCGCCCCUGCGCCCGCGCCCGGCUCCGCGCCGCCGCGCGCCUCCCGCCUCCCUUCCCCCGCUCCCCUGCGCUCCCCUCCCACCUCCCUCCCGCCCCUCGGCUCCGGGCUGGGGCCGCCGGACACCCCUCCGGCGCCGUCCUCGGCACCGCGCCCCCUGCCGGCCACCGCGCGGCGCCUCCCGGGGCCGUGGCGCGCUGGCGGCCGGGGCGAGCAGGCCCCAAGGACCCUCGCUCUGGGCCGCCGCCGGGUUUCCCAGACGCUUCCACGACCGCGCGCGAGGGCGAGGCCCGCGGGAGGAUCUACAUCUGGUCAACCAAGUGCAGUUAAUGUUGCUAAGGACGGUGGCUGUCAUUUGUGCACAUUCACUGAGUGCUGCCUCAGGCUGCGUUCCUCGUGGAUAUUAUGCUAUGUCGCCCUUUCAACAACGGAGGUCUUUAUCAUUGUCCUGAUUUCACAGGUGCUACACUGUCCUCAUGCCCUACCUUUCAGCCAUCAUCUCGUACUCCCUUACACCUCUCCCAAGAUGCCAUGCGUUGAACCUUUGCACAUGCAGCAUGGUCUUUCCAGGACAUCCUUCGCCUCCUUAAGAGACGCCUCAUCAUCCUUGAAGAUCCAGGUUAGUCAAGUGAAGCAGUGGAGAAGGAACAAAGAAAUCUGUAACUGGCUGUGAUCAAUUAGUUGUAAAUUGAUCUCUUAUUUAACAUUUUGAUUGUACCCAAAAAGAUGAUUUCGUGAACAAUUUAUAUGGUAUAACCUAGGAGUUUCAGACACUAGAAUGAAAGAGUGAUUAUAGAACUUUAAUGGACACCCCCAAAAAAAGUUCUGAAUGGUGAUCUAGGAAUUCUUUAUAAACUUCCUAGAUUUUGAGCCCCCAUUAAAAAAAAUCGGGGUGCCUGGCUGCCUUAGUCUGUAAAGCACGCGACUCUUGAUUUCAGGGUCUUGAGUUUGAGUCCCAGGUUUACUUAAAAAAAAAAAAAAGACUGGGGGCACCUGGGUGGCUCAGCCGGUUAGGCAUCUGACUUUGGCUCAGGUCAUGAUCUCACGGUUUAGGAGUUCGAGCCCAAAAUUAGGCUCUGCACUAACAGUGUGGAGCAUGCUUGGGAUUCUCUCUCUCUUUCUCUGCCCCUCCCCCACUCACACUGUCUCUCUCUGUCUGUCUCUCUCUC